CAACAGAGGCAAGAUGGCGGCCCCCAGUAACGCCGAGCGUUCUCCUGAUCUAUCGGUGCAGCUCAAGAUCCCCAAAACCGAGGUUCCCUCUCCGGAGUCCGAGGAUCUGAGUGACAGCAACCAAUACCAUUCCAACCCUUCCACCCCUAACAGAUUCUCACCUCUGAACGUCGGGGUGUCGCUGUCCGGGGGCGCAGGCCGGAGUGGAUCGGCCUCUGCAUCCAACAGCUUCACCGCCUGCCGUGGCAUGUCAUGGACACCGUCGGAAACAAACGCGCUGAUCGCCGUGUGGGGUAACGAGAGGCUAGCGGAGGCGCGGAUGCAGCAGCUGGAGGUGGCCGGGACGGUGUUUUCUGGCAAGGCGCCGGGACCUGCGAUGUACGAGCGGGUGUCCAGAUCGCUGUCAGAGCUGGGUUACGAGAGGACCCCGUCCCAGUGUCGAGAGAGGAUGAAGACACUGAGACGGUGCUACAGCCGGGUAAAGGAGCACGGCAUUGGGAAGAGGAAGAGCAGUUACUCCAUCGAGCAGCUGGAGAAGGUGUUCGGGCAGGGUGGCUGGGACUCCCAGAGCUGUCAGCCUGUGUUGAUCAACAGCAGCGGUCUGUAUCAGGAGAUGGAGUCGGACGGCAGCACUAUGGAGGACUAUUCUCAUGAAGACUGGUGUAAUCAGGACCUUGCUGCAGCCUUUAAUGAAGGAGACAUUGAGACAGAAGAGACCCAGCUUCCAAAGAACAGAGUUCUUCAGAUAAGACUGGAGUCAUCUGAGCAUGCUCAACAACGGGAAGAGAUGCAGAACGUGAUGCGAAUCUUGGAAUCAGUAGAGGUCAAAUGGGAACACUUCCAGACAUGGACUGAUUUCUCCCGUCUCCACCUGUCUAAUAAACUAGCCAUCUUCGGAGUGGGCUACAACACAAGGUGGCGAGAAGAAAUCCGCUACCACUAUGCAGAGAUCAGCUCCCAAGUACCUCUAGGAAAACGUCUUCGAGAAUACUUCAACCCCGAGAAGGCAGAGGGCAGGGUUAUCAUGACCAAGGUGCAGAAGAUGAACUGGAAAAACGUGUAUUAUAAAUUUCUGGACAUAACUAUUAGUGAAGCUCGCUGUUUGGAACUACAUAUGGAUGUCGAUUGGAUACCCAUUGCACACACGAGGGAUGCUGGUUCCAGUAACGGUCCCCAGUACCUUUUGCCAGGGGGCAUCCCAAAGACAUACGGUUUAUAUGCGAUAGGCUAUGAGGAGACGGGUGUGUCCAGUUCAACUUACACAGCAGACAAAUCACUAGAGGAGGUAGUGGACAGUUGUGACGAUGAGAAAAAAGACGAGAGAAUGUCAGCCAAAGUCACAUACUGUUACCUCGGCAUUGCGGAGGAGAGGACGCUACAGCAAUGUCUGUUUCAGCACUUUCAGAAUUCAGGCAAACACUACAGUCGUGCAGAGCCCUCAGCCAUAACCAGAUUCCUGCAGGAAAACUUCACCAGCCAGACCAGAGAAGGUGCUCAGUCUGGAUUACCAAUUUACAUUAAGUUUAUUGAGGUGGAGCUGGACUUCCUCUCUGCCGGAUCUUUAGUUGAAUGUUUAGAAACAGCGAUUGGCUAUUCCUUAAAGUUCAACAAGUAAAUGUAGCAACUGUAAUGGUUACAUUGGCCAAUAAGCUCUUUUUAAGCCAGGAUAUUUAUUCCUUUUAAGCUGAGAAAGUAUUUAUGUGAUAUGUUGGGCACAGCCUGUUCCACAAGGGACGAUACUUUCUUUUGCAGGGGAAAUUGUCUUUAUCAGGGAGCGAAAGCUUUCGGCGGCUGAUGCGGGCAAUAGCAGAAGCAUCCAGAAAGUUAGGUCUGUUUAUUUCAAAACUGCCUUGAUUUUAUUCUCUCCAGCCAAUGCAACAGAUCCAAAGCAGGAACUGUGUGUAAGAAAGUGAAUCCUCAACUAGAAAUCAAAUUAAUCUAAGUAUAAAGUCUAUCUAUAUAGAAGUAUAUAUAUUUAAGAGUAUAUAUUGAUAUCGUCAAGCAUUCCAGCAUUUCCAGUUAUAACAUUCAAAGAAUGUUUUCAUAAGCGUUUAUUAAUGUUUUUAUUUGUGAGCUCACACAGUGUCUUUAUGUAUGAUUGUUUCCAGGUCACAGUCUUGUUUACAUUGGAAGGACGAAAAAUAAAUGAAUGAAAUGAAGCAUGGGUCAUUUAAUUCCCAUUUAAAAAAUGACACUUGAUUUUUUUUCCCCCCUUUUUAGACAGCUUAAGAACAUAUGUUAUUUCUUGUUUCGUUUAUUUAACCCCUUUAUACCCGUAGUGUCCAUUAUAAUGGACGCAGGGUCUGAACGGAUUAAAUGGGAAAUGCUCAUGAAAUUGUUAAACAUGAAACCUUAAAGCUGGGAUCUGUACAUUUUCCCUCUAUAUCACCAUCUCUGUUAAAAACAAAAACGGCAAUGACUACAGGUUAUACUGUUGCAAGCCAGGGUAAGGGGUAUGUUUUUAACAAGAAUGUUUAUGUGCUGUACUUGCUUAAUAAGAUUAAUAACAUGAAAGUUGCAAAAACAACUCAUGAUCAUUUCAUCAUGUAAAGUGUUGUUUGACCAGCAGAUGGCAGUAUAGAUCUUGUGAGAAGCUGAAGGAUGUGCUUAAAGCAGUGUAUUGCAUUGUCUUUAACCAUAGAAGUAAAAGUUGUUAUUAAAUGUACCAGUCAAACAUUAGCAUGGCAGGUGCAUUUUUACAAACAAAUUUGAUGUGUAAGUCAUCAAUUUGAGCUUGAUGCAAUACAUUAUGCCACCUGGUCAAAUCAAAAUGUUAAACUACUUUGAGCAUUGCAUUGUGGUGUUUUAUUUAGCAGUGUGUGCUUUCUGUGUGCAACACUGAUCGUGUAGUAAACUUUGUAUUGGAAAGCGAGUCAGCGAGAACAGUGCUGGUAUUGGUCAAGUAUGUGCUGAGAGAAUCAAUAAUUCAAAUGCAAAGCCUAAUUUCCCUGCUUAGCUUGUCACAUGAGAUGAGUCUCUCUCUUCAGCUGGAAAUACCUACCCUAGGCAGUGUCUAACACUUCUCUAUGGAUGUUGUUCCACUUUACAU